AUGGGGUCGUACGAGAAUGUUGGCUGGAACUUAGUGGAGGAGGCGGUGAUAUGUGACCGCGGCUACGAUGAGGAAACUGUUCUUGCCUCCAUCUUGCAGUCGUACUUUAUCAAACAGGGAUUUGUGGAGUCUCUCCAAACUCUAAAUGAGGAGCUGAGAGAACUGCAGACGAUGACUGAGACAAGGGUGGCAAAAACAAAAACAGCACCGGCAAUAGGAACAAAGGCGGCAGCAGGGUGCCGUGUCAAACGAAAAAGUAAGGGGAAUUACGUUAAGCAGGAGGAGCUACACAACGGGGACGCGUCACACGAGGAUGAAAAGAACCUCGGUAACGGAAACCGCAAAAAUAGCGGCAUGAUUUACACCGUUCAUGAGAAUGCCGUUGAUUGUGUUGGUGCGGAGACUGUACUGGAGUCAAUGAAGAAGCGUAAGCAUCUGCAGUUGUUAUGUCUAAAUGGGCGGUACGAAGAGGCUGCCGCGCUACUUCCUCAAGGAAGCGUUUUUAUAGUGAAAUUGUUGGCAAUGGAGGCUAUCAAGCGUGCAAGGAAACAACCCUCAGCUGCGCUACUCUUUCUGUGUGAGGGGGUGGGCCCGCUAGUUGCUGGUCUCUCCGAUGCAGCGAUGGCACAUCGAAUUUAUAUUAACACUUUAGCUGUUAUUACGGGUGCCGACACAACGGAGUGGUCAGUACCGUCCCCAUGCAAGAUUGCCCGCGAAGUGAACGAGUCGCUCUUGGAAGACCACGAGCCAAGUGCGCUUCAUGUACUACUUUCUUGGGCCGAGUGGCAGGAGAUAGCGACGGCAAAGGGGGAGGACAUGGAAGAUGGGUAG